CUCUUUUUGUCGUAAUGUUAGGUUGACCAUUCGUCUCCCCUUCCCUUUCUCUGUCUCGCGGCGGUGGGGUUGGAGCAGCCGUUGUUGGCUGUUUGUGCUCCCCUCCUUGCAUUUCCCCCCUCCAAAAAAAUAAUCAUUUCACGAGCCAAUUGGUUAACUGUUGGGGGAAAAUCAGGCAGCCCCCAAGAUGGCGGUGAUGAGUGGGGUAUGUGGGCCGGCAGUGGCCCGGUUGGAGGGCCGGGAGUUUGAGUACUUCAUGAAGAAGCGGUCGGUAACGAUCGGUAGGAACUCGUCUCAGGGCUCCGUGGAUGUCAGCAUGGGGCACUCGAGCUUCAUUUCUCGUAAGCACCUCGAAAUCUUUACAGCCGGUGAGGACGGAGGAGGCGGCGGCGAAUUCUACCUCCGGUGCCUUGGCAAGAACGGCGUGUUUGUAGAUGGAGUCUUCCAGAGGAGAGGGGCCCCACCACUCCACUUGCCAAGAUUAUGCACCUUUAGAUUUCCCAGUACAAACAUCAAGAUUACAUUUACAGCACUGUCCAAUGAAAAAAAAGUAAAACAAGAAGCCCCCGAGUCCCCAGUGAAGCCUGUGCAACCGCAGAUCUCUCCAUUGACUAUAAACAUUCCUGACAACAUGGCACACCUCAUCAGCCCUCUGCCAUCCCCCACUGGAACCAUCAGUGCUGCAAACUCCUGCCCUUCAAGUCCUCGUGGAGCAGGUACAUCAGGGUACAAAAUGAGUCGCAUUAUUUCAGCUGACUUGCACUUAAUAACUGAAAACUCUCAAUCAGAAAAUGACAAGGAAGCAUCAGGUGGAGACAGCCCAAAGGAUGAUUCAAAGCCACCUUACUCGUAUGCACAAUUGAUAGUACAAGCAAUCACUAUGGCACCAGAUAAACAACUUACACUAAAUGGAAUUUACACUCAUAUUACUAAAAACUAUCCAUACUACAGGACUGCUGACAAAGGCUGGCAGAAUUCUAUACGUCACAAUCUCUCACUGAAUCGUUAUUUCAUUAAAGUACCACGUUCACAAGAAGAACCAGGAAAGGGCUCAUUCUGGCGAAUAGACCCUGCUUCGGAGAGCAAGUUAAUAGAACAGGCUUUUAGGAAAAGAAGACCAAGAGGUGUACCUUGCUUUAGAACCCCAUUAGGACCACUGUCUUCUAGGAGUGCACCAGCAUCACCUAACCAUUCUGGUGUACUGUCCGCUCACUCUAGUGGAGUUCAGACACCAGAGUCGCUUUCAAGAGAAGGCUCUCCAAUACCUAUGGAAUCUGAAACUAAUACUGUACAAGCUAAAUUAGCAGUCAUACAAGAAGCACGUUUUGCACAGAGUGCACCAGGGUCACCAUUAUCUAAUCAACCUGUUUUAAUAACUGUUCAACGACCGUUGCAGCAGACCAUUAAACCUGUCACUUACACUGUCACAGCACCUGUGACAUCAACAUCUCAACAGCCAGUGGUGCAGACAGUUCAUGUUGUUCAUCAAAUACCAGCUGUGUCUGUCACAAACGCCACUGGAUUGGCAUCAGUAAAUACGUACACUGUGCCAGGUCAAGCAGUGGUUGCACAGGCUACUGUUGUCAGCCAGCCCAAGGUAGAAUUUCAGGAGAAUGGUGAACAUAAGGAGGUCAAAGUUAAAGUGGAGCCUGUGCCUACAAUUUCUCACCCUCCUUUAGGGACAGCGAGUCGAAUUUUUCAAACUUCCCAGGCCACAUCAUUACAGACGGUUACUAUAGUGCAACAGACGCCACUAGGUCAGCACCAACUACCAAUUAAAACUAUUACGCAAAAUGGGACCCAUGUAGUACCCAUCACCACUACUGUGCAAGGACAAGUCAACACUGUAGCUGCUGCAAGCCCACUGCAUAUGCUGGCGACUCAUGCAUCAGCAUCAGCGUCUCUUCCUACCAAACGCCAGAAUGGAGAGCAGGCAGAGCAACCAGAUCAUAAACGUAUCAAAACAGAGGAAGGAGAAAGCAUAGUCAUUUCCCUAAAUGUGGACACCCCUUCUGUGGCAGUGAGUCAGCAGGAUGGCCAGAACUAAGUUUUCAAUAAUUGCCCUUUUAUAUCUUACAAGGUGCCAAAAGAAGCAUAUGUAAACAUCCACAAACAUAGUGUGUGCUGUUACCCUGUGGGUUAAUGGGCCCUGUGUCAAAGACUGUGACCAGCAGCACUGAGAAACACAGGAAGCCUGGAAUGCAGUACAUUGAGAGAGAGCAGCCAUUAUCUCUGGCCAGGAUCCAGCGGCUGUACCUCCUGCUGAACUACCUCAGUGCACACUGGGACCUUGGAUGUGAGGAGGUCACAGCAUGAAAUGAGCUAUCAAUGACAAAACCUUGACUAAGGACUGAGCACAUUGGUGUACCGACAGCAUGAUGAGCGCUUAGUGUGAACUGGUUUCAAAGGAUUGUAUAUUCCGCAAAGGGAACAAAGGCACAGAGCCAUUUCCUACAUCUUGGCAGCUAGCCAUUCAUUACCUACCUAAUACACUUGUUGGUAGAAUGCAGUAUUUUGUUGUUCACUUGUGGAAUUAGAAACUUUGGGGUACAUUUUCAUUUCUUUGAAAGAUGUUGGGGUCUCUGACAUUUCAAAUCACUCCAUUUGUACUUCACAGACUUUUGAAUCACAGUACCUUUUCAUGGAAGUUUUAUGUUUGGUAAAAGAGGAAAAAAAAGAAUGUAGGGUUUUUUUAGCCAAUGGAGUGAUUUACUUUCAUCUGUCCUGUUGAACUUCAGAUAACGCUACCUUAUUACACCUAAAAGAGUUUCAUAUUUUAACACUUGCCUGGUUAAUUUUAUUACCAUGUGUAGUGAUCAUUUGCUUCAUUAGGCUUGCAUGUAACUGAUUGUGUAAGUGAGCCAUUACAUGACCUAAAGGAACUGAUAUGAAUUUGACCAGAGCUGCACUUAGAACUGUUUCUUUCUUGCUUUCUUCUACUGUGUUUGUUUUGUGUUAAAUGUUAACUGUCCUUUUCUUUCUAUUUUUUUCCUCCUUUUCUUUUUAUUUGGUCUCAAGUGAAGAGUCUGCUUUAUAUCGUGUCUGCUUUAGUACCGAAAAACCUGGUUUCUUCUGGGUAAAAGUAAACAUCUUGUCAUAAA